AGCGAAGUUAGAAAGUUUAACAAAACGAAGUUGACGGAGAGGAGAGUACGUUCGCACGCACGCGCAGCUUCGGCUCCCCAGUCUCCUUUUGGCGCCGCGGGGCAGUGAGAGUCCGUGAGAAAUUUCCCGACGGCGCGGAAGAUGCGCGCCACUUCCGGUCGGGCUCCUAACAACGGGGGAGGUGGGUAACCAGGGUGGGGGGGAUGGCGGAGCGGGCGCCGGAGCCCGAGGCGGAGGCGGAGGCUGAGGCUGAGUCGGGCGCAGGCGGGGAGGCGGUGGCCGAGGAGGGCGCGGCAGGUCGCAAGGCGCGGGGCCGGCCGCGGCUCACGGAGUCAGACCGGGCCCGGCGGCGGCUUGAGUCCCGGAAGAAGUACGACGUGCGGCGCGUGUACCUGGGCGAGGCGCACGGGCCCUGGGUGGACCUGCGGCGCCGCAGCGGCUGGAGCGACGCCAAGCUCGCCGCCUACCUCAUCUCGCUGGAGCGCGGCCAGCGUAGCGGCCGCCAUGGGAAGCCUUGGGAGCAGGUCCCCAAAAAGCCAAAGCGCAAGAAAAGGCGGCGCCGCAAUGUGAACUGCCUGAAGAAUGUGGUCAUCUGGUACGAGGACCACAAGCACCGCUGUCCCUAUGAGCCGCACCUGGUGGAGCUGGACCCCACCUUCGGCCUCUACACCACAGCCGUGUGGCAGUGCGAGGCUGGCCACCGCUACUUCCAGGACCUGCACUCACCCCUGAAGCCCCUCAGCGACUCAGACCCCGACAGUGAAAAAGUGGGCAAUGGCCUGGUGGCCGGAAGCUCCGACUCGUCCAGCUCCAGCUCCGGCUCUGACUCCGAGGAGCCCCUGGAGAGCCACCCAGCCAAGGGCUCCUCAGUGGCGACUUCGGCGGUGGCAGCAGCAGCAACAGCAGCGACAGUGGUGGUGCCUCCCCCCAGCCCUGUGGGGAGCAGUGGGCUCAUCACGCAGGAGGGUGUGCACAUCCCUUUCGACGUCCGCCACAUGGAGAGCCUGGCCGAGCAGGGGGCCCCGCUGUGCCCCAACCCUGCAGCCAGCAGCCCCGAGGCCCUGGAGGCGGUGGUGUGCGUGCCUGUGCCGGUGCAGGUGGGCGCGGGCCCUGGCGCCCUCUUUGAGAACGUGCCCCAGGAGGCACUGGGUGAGGUGGUGGCCAGCUGCCCCGUCCCAGGCAUGGUGCCCGGCUCGCAGGUGAUCAUCAUUGCAGGCCCUGGCUAUGAUGCCCUCACGGCUGAGGGCAUCCACCUCAAUGUGGCUGCGGGCAGCGGCACCCCCAGCAGUGGCCUGGGCGAAGAGGUGCCCUGUGCCAUGAUGGAGGGCGUGGCGGCCUACACCCAGACAGAGCCCGAGGGCAGCCAGCCCAGCGCCAUGGACCCCACCUCUGUGGCCAGCAUCGAGACCAAGAAAGAGAAGGAGGACCUGUACAUGCUCAGAAAGGAGGAGGAGGAGCUGGCGGCCCCACAGCUGGCAGAGCUUGCGACGGUGCCUGAGAGCACAGAUCCCGAGGCCGAGGUGGACGGCGAGGAGCUGGACGGCAGUGACAUGUCCGCCAUCAUCUAUGAGAUACCCAAGGAGCCUGAGAAGAGACGCCGGGGUAAGCGGUCUCGGGUGAUGGAUGCCGACGGCCUGCUCGAGAUGUUCCACUGUCCCUACGAGGGCUGCAGCCAGGUCUACGUGGCCCUCAGCAGCUUCCAGAACCACGUCAACCUCGUGCACCGGAAGGGGAAGACCAAAGUGUGCCCUCACCCUGGCUGUGGGAAGAAGUUCUAUUUGUCUAACCAUCUUCGGCGGCACAUGAUCAUCCACUCAGGUGUCCGUGAGUUCACCUGCGAGACCUGCGGCAAGUCCUUCAAGAGGAAGAACCACCUGGAGGUGCACAGGCGCACGCACACCGGGGAGACCCCGCUGCAGUGCGAGAUCUGCGGCUACCAGUGCCGGCAGCGGGCGUCGCUCAACUGGCACAUGAAGAAGCACACAGCUGAGGUGCAGUACAACUUCACGUGUGAGCGCUGCGGGAAGCGCUUCGAGAAGCUGGACAGCGUCAAGUUCCACACGCUCAAAAGCCACCCAGACCACAAGCCCACCUGACCCACAGGACCGCUGACCGUCACCCCUAAUUUAUUUGUCCACCCGGACACCAUGCCUGGGACCCUCGGGGGGCCACCUGGACCGAAGCUGGAAGGAGGUGGCCUCGCCCCGCCCAUGGCCAGCACCCCUGGGCAGCUCCCCCACCCUGCCCUGUUCACCUUGGAGCUGGCGCUUGGGCCGCGCUGUUGGAACUGUGUGGAGAGAGCAGAGCAAGAUUAAAGCGGGAGGAAGGAGCA